UGAACUCCUUCAGAGGCUGACCGUUCCUCUGCUCUGUGCGUGUCUCUCCAGGACGAUGAAGCUGAUCAUCCUCAACGAUUACGACCAGGCCAGCGAGUGGGCUGCGAAGUAUAUUAGAAACAAGAUUUUAUCGUUCAGACCUGGCCCGGACAGAUAUCUCACCCUGGGGCUUCCCACAGGAAGCACCCCCAUGGGUUGUUACAAGAAACUAAUUGAGUACUACAAGAUGGGCCAAAUCUCAUUCCAGUACGUCAAAACUUUUAACAUGGAUGAAUAUGUAGGACUUGCCAGAGAUCACCCUGAGAGCUACCACUCCUUCAUGUGGAAUCACUUCUUCAAGCACAUCGACAUAAAAGCAGAGAACACCUACAUCCUAGAUGGCAACGCUGCUGACCUGCAAGUAGAGUGUGUAGCAUUUGAGGAAAAGAUAACCGCUGCAGGCGGGAUCGAGCUUUUUGUCGGAGGUAUUGGACCAGAUGGCCACAUUGCCUUCAAUGAGCCUGGUUCAAGCCUGGUUUCCCGGACCAGGGUGAAGACCCUGGCAAAGGACACUAUCAUUGCUAAUGCUCGAUUCUUUAAUGGAGAUCUGUCAAAGGUGCCCACCAUGUCACUGACUGUGGGAGUGGGCACAGUCAUGGACGCAAAAGAGGUCAUGAUUCUCAUCACUGGAGCACACAAGGCAUUUGCUUUAUACAAAGCUAUAGAGGAAGGUGUGAAUCACAUGUGGACAGUGUCUGCUUUCCAGCAGCACCCGCAGACAAUUUUUGUCUGCGAUGAAGACGCCACCCUGGAACUGCGGGUCAAAACUGUUAAGUACUUCAAAGGGAUGAUGCAUGUCCACAACAAGCUGGUGGAGCUACCUCCCUCUCUGUCAAAGAAGAACUGUUAAUCCAAACUCUGUUGAUUUUAUGAGGCAUUCUUUUCAUAACUUGAAAGGGACAGUUUAGCACAAAAUCAAAAGCCAUAUGUUCCCCCUUAUCCCUUAAGUUGUGCUAUUUAUUAAUAGGUCCAACAUUAAUUAUCUUGAUUUCUGAAAUAAGACUAUUUUUGGGGGCGCUUUGAGCACCACAAGCAGAGUGUCAUGUAGUGCAAAACUAGCUAACUCACAACAAAUCAAUGUAAAUUGAUAAGUAGCACUUUAGGUAAUUGAAAAUAUAGGUUUUUGAUUUUGGGAAGUACUGUCCCUGUAACAAAAAAUAUAUAUAUUCUGAUGGAGAUGGUGAACAUCAAGCAGUGCUUGGAGUUGACUUCAACUAAAUCUUGUCGAAAUAAUCAAGUGCUUAUUGUGCAGGAUAUUCAGGUUUUCAUGUGUUUGUUCAUACAGCUUUGCUUCUCAUUUGCUCUUUUUGGGAAUGUGCAUUUGAUUGUUAAUCUUUGGAUUUCUGCGAUUGUGGAUAGUGUGGUAUUCAGUCUGUUUCUCAUGUCACAUGACAAUACGGAACAACUAGUGUGGCCUUUAAGUACUCCUUGUUCUUCUUUUUUAUUGGAGAUGUUGUUGUAAUUCUUUCGGCUCUUCAAACACACAGUAAUGUAAAAUGUUGUUUUUACUCUACAAAAAUGAUCUGACAGGUAGAGUUCUUGAUUACUUGACUGUGAAAUAUUUUAUAAACAAAUCGUGUGAUCAUCUCACACAAUAUUAUGCAUUGUUCAUAAAUGAAUUACCUAAUAAUAAAUAUAUUUCUGCACAAGCUA